UUGCAAUCGCAAAUCGGGCAUUUUAUCUGUCCAAAAGAGGCCCGAUUAAGUGCUUAGCUGACAACCCAUUUCACUAGCAUUCCAGCCGUUAUCCACCGCAAACGUUUUAAACGGUGACGGCCAUUCCCCCCCCCUCUUUCUCUCUCGAUCUCUCUCUACUUCUGUAUUUCUCCAACUUUUUUCUAAAAUUUUCCAUUCACUCAACCCCAAUUUCAAUCAUACACAAGUAACACAACCCUUGAUUUGAUCAUCUCUCAGAUCCGUUUCAAAACCUAUCAAUGGCGGCUUCGCGUCGGCUUCGGGAGCUCCAAUCGCAGCCGGGGAACAAGAUCUGCGUGGAUUGUUCGCAGAAGAAUCCGCAGUGGGCUUCCGUCUCCUACGGCGUUUUCAUGUGCCUGGAGUGCUCGGGCAAGCACCGCGGCCUUGGCGUUCAUAUAUCCUUUGUUCGAUCUGUGACGAUGGACUCGUGGUCCGAGAUUCAAUUGAAGAAAAUGGAGCUCGGCGGAAAUGAAAGAUUUAAUCAAUUUAUUUUGCAGUAUGGAAUCCCCAAAGAAACUGAUAUUGUUGCGAAAUAUAAUACCAAUGCUGCAUCUGUUUAUCGAGACCGGAUUCAAUCACUUGCUGAGGGAAAACCCUGGCGCGAUCCCCCUAUUGUGAAAGAAACAAUCAGAUCCGCUAAUAAGAGCAGUAGUUAUAUCAAUAAACCUCCGUUGGGUGGUGGGGUUAGGGAUGGGGUAUCUGGGAACAGUGCGGGUUGGGAUAGCUGGGAUAGUUAUGAUGAUGGAGGGCUUAGUGGAAGUUCAAAUAAU